AUGGCGGCGGCGAGCGCGGCGGCGCUGCGAGCGACGGGAGCAAACGCGGCGGAUGACGACGCGCGACGGUUGUUCGAGCAGAGGUUCCCGGUGCUGUUUAAACCGUUCAUCGGUCGUGGAACGCGCGCGACGGUGAAGCGAACGAUCGUGCCGGGACAGAUGUGGGCGUUUGAACAAAACAUCGAGCUCGGCCCGCUCGAGACGACGAUUCGAUGCGUGACGUGCAAGCUAAGCGACGGUUCGCUGUGGGUGCACGCGCCCUUAGCGCCGACGGAGGAGUUUUUUGAAUUUGUGGAGAGUUGUGGGGAUGGUACGAGCGCGUGCGUUCGAUACGUCGUCGUGCCAACGUACGCGUUAGAGCAUAAAAUUUUCGCCAAGGAUGCGCUCGCGCGAUGGCGAGGCGCCAAGUUAUACGCCUCGCCGGGGCAGUUUACGUUUCCCAUUCGCGACGUCUCUGACGAAAUAGUGUUCGGGAAAAAGGUGGACUUCGUAUUACAAGGAAGUGAUUUAGACGUGAGAUCGCCUGUAGCGGUGCCUUGGAAGGAUGAGAUCGAGUUUGAGACGCUCGAAGCGGGAACGUUUGACGUGGGAUCGACGAAGCAGACGAUUUACGAGACCGCGUUUUUUCACAAACCAAGCAAGACUUUGAUCGUCACCGACGCCUUGGCGCAGAUCCCGAUCGACCCUCCGGAGGCGAAUUCCGUGGAAAAACUCUUAGUCGUCUCCCAGCGAUCGACGGCGGACCCCGUGCCCGAGGACACGCCCGAGGCGCGUCGCGCCGGGUGGGAGAAAACGGCGUUGUUGGUGAGUUACUUUUUCCCCGAACACGAAGAGCUCGACCCGGCGGCGCCUGGGACGGUGAUUUGGACAGACGGUUGGCACGACAACUUUCAAGCCCUCGCCGGUCGCUUGCUCGUUCCCCCGGUCGUGCGCACGCUGCUUUACGCUCAAAAUCCCAACGCUGUUCGCCGUUGGGUAGCCGCCGUGAGCUCGAGGUGGGAUUUUGAGCGCGUCGUCCCGGCGCAUUGGGAGGCGCCCUUGGCGUGUUCCCCCGGUGAUUUCAAGCGCGCGUUCGCAUUUUUAGACGACGAUGCGAUCGAUGCGUUUCCCGAGGGUGAUUUAAAGCGCGGUUUGCAGCCCGUAGCUGACAUAGUGCUGAAGAAAAAGUAG